UCUUUUAAGUAGCACUCAGAGAUAUGCUGCAAAGAAACCUUACGUUGUUUCUGCACUUCUAGAUAAGGUUUUAAAUACCCAUGGUACCAGUCAUGCCUAACUUUAAAGAUAAUGGGAAAUGGUGAAAGCAAGUUGCCACAAAAAUAAAUAGCUGAAAAUGAAAGGAGGAAGGCAGACUGAGCAAGCAGCUCAUCAGAAAGUACUCACUGCCAGAAUGCAGUGCGGAAAGAAGAAAGCUAAACGGAGACUGAAUCAGAUGUUCGCUCUGUACAUUAGGUUUAAUGGUUGUAUCAACGGCUUCAUAUGACAGGAAAUGAUCUGGGCGUUUUGUUCACUUAUUCUGGAUGCCCUUAGUUUCACAGAGCAGCGGGUAACAUGGAUUGCACCACGGAAGGGGACAGCUGAACUCUCCCUCUGGCUUUAGUGAGGAAAGAGCAGCGAUGAAAUCCGUGGACUGUGUGCACGUCAUCCAGCAGAAGGAUACCGCCUCCUCUCCCUCUGGCCCCCCCGGUGCUGCUUCAGGCACCACGGGACUUUUUUCUGUCACAUUCCUGUGGCUUGCAAUGCUCCUGUCCUCUUGUCUUGCAGCAGUGUCUCUUUACCAUGCUAUCACCCUGAAAACAGAGCUAGAAGCUCUGCGCAGUGAGCUGAUCUACAGGGUCCGGGCAAGGUCUCCGCUAGAGCAGCCACCCGUGUCCCCUGGUGACAAGAAAGCAGGUGCCCCUGUUUCUUCCUUCCUGCAAGUGUCUGCAGCUGGCGCCAGGCAGGAGAACAGGCUGCCUGGCCCUAGCCCAGCUGGAAGUCUCCAAAAGGAAAUCUGGGACGGGGGCAGAAACAGGGGGAGAAGGUCUGUUGUCCACACAGAAGAAACAGUGCUGCAGGCCUGCUUGCAACUGAUUGCAGACAGCAAAAGUGAUAUCCAACAGAAAGAUGAUUCAAGCAUUGUCCCUUGGCUUCUGAGCUUUAAGCGUGGAACAGCUCUGGAAGAACAGGGAAAUAAAAUAGUGAUCAAAGAAACAGGAUAUUUUUUCAUAUAUGGCCAGGUUUUAUAUACUGAUACAACAUUUGCAAUGGGACAUCUAAUACAGAGGAAGAAAGCUCACGUGUUUGGUGAUGAUCUCAGCUUGGUCACAUUAUUUCGUUGCAUCCAAAAUAUGCCACAGUCUUAUCCGAAUAAUUCUUGCUAUACUGCUGGCAUUGCAAAAUUAGAAGAAGGAGAUGAGCUUCAACUUACAAUACCACGAAGAAGAGCUAAAAUAUCCUUGGAUGGAGAUGGUACUUUUUUUGGUGCAGUUAGACUCCUCUGAAGCCCUUUAUUUUUGUAACUAUGCUUAGUGCAAUUUUCUUCUUCUUCCAACGCAUCUGUCAAAGAAAAAAGAAAUUGAAUUCUCCUAUAAUGCCAAUUCAGUCUCUUUCCUUCCUCCAUCAGCUUCUGAAAUCUAUUCUUUGGUCUAAUAAGCAAACCCAAAACAGGAAGUAGACCAGACGUACUUGUAAGAUAAAAACGUCACGUGAUUACCAGAAAGACAAUUUAUUUUACACAAUGGGAGUCUCUAAACAACAGCUGUAAGGACGUGGUUUUUUGGCUUUGAAGUAAUUUCAGUGAAGCAAAUCAAAGAAACAGUUGAACAUAAAGUAUAGCGUGAACACAGGACCAUUCUGUUUUUAUACAGAAAUGGAAACCUAAAACACAAUUGCAUCUUACUUUGCUUUGUUUCACAAACAAACAAACAAAAAACCUAAAAAAAAAAAAGCUUCUACCCUGAAGCAUAGAGUACAAGGAAGGAUAAUGAAACUAUAUUAUUCAUCACAAUAGAGUGGUGUCAGCUAGUUUCUGUUUAUUUUUGUUGUUUGUUUCUUAGUUUGACAUAGAAAUUUGUUUUGGGAAGGAAAAAAAUCUAAAAGCACAGGAUAACGAAGCAAAAGCUCCUAAGUAUGUAGAAUGGUUGCCACUGCCUUGCUUCUUCCCUGAGGACAAAAGGACAUUACUAAAAUCUAUUAGUAUUUACUAAUUAAGAUGAGUUUUACCAGAAAUAAGAUAAAUAAGAUGCUUUGACACCUCAAUCUCAGGGAAUAUGUGCAUGCAUACAUGUAAACAAGUUGAGCAUAGAAAGAAACAUGAUGAAAUUAGGCUCAGUACAGUAGGACAAAUUGGAUUUCUGACUUCAUAAUUUCUGCACUCAUAUAUAUAUGUGUAUUCUGUGUGUAUAAAUAUAUAUAUAUGCAGUAUAUAUAUAUAUAUAAAUAUGAAAGUAUAUACACCAUAUAUGAGCCUUUGGCACUUAGGUAUAAUAUACUAUCUUCUUUUGGAUAGCUUAUCCGACAGAAAUAUUGCUGGAUACGUAUUUGUUGUAUUUGUCUUGCUUUUGCUAUUAUCCAUGCAAAGGGAUACUGUGAAAAGAAAAAUCCAACAAACAUGGAACCAGCCAUGCAACUAAUAAAACACAUUUACUGCCCAUAGAUCUGGCCUCAAUCACUAGGAUAGAUAUAGCUACUUCUGUGCAGUUUUGAAGAAGAGGCUCCAGGGACACCUGAUAGUAGCUUUUCAGUCUCUUAGAGGAGGCUAUAAGGAAGAAGGGGACAGACUCUCUAGCAGAGUCUGUGGUGACAGGAGAAGAGAAAGUGGUUUCAAACAAAACAA